UGGUCUGUAUUUGCUUCCAAUUCUGAAAUAUCAACAACAAGGGAACAAAACUUGAAUCCAUGUUUCUCCAACUUUCCUCUCUUCCAUUCUUGCUUGAAAAAUGGAAAUCUGUUGCGUUGGCCUCCAAGUUUCUUCUUCUCCAUCGUCCUCUUCCCUCCUUCUGAAGAGUCCUACAUCAUCACCCACUACCACUAGUAGAAGGAAGUUCUUCCUAUCAUCUCAACUUGCGAACCCAUUUCUCCAAAUUCUCCCCGGAAACCAUUCUCUUCUCCACUUAAGCAUCCCAAAGUCCUGCUCAGUGAGACUCCCAACAAAACCCAUUUCUGCGGAAGCUUGGGAUUUUGGUAGGUUUUUGAGAACAUUGUAUUUUUUCAAUGGACCUCCAUCUCCAGCCAAGUUUUUUGAGUCUCUGAUUGCUCAACUGUCGGGUCCAUCACCAAGCAGACCUGUUGAAGAAAUGGAAACUUCUGGGUUCAUUCUCGUAGCUGGAGCAACGGGUGGGGUUGGUAGAAGGGUGGUAGAUAUCCUGAGGAAAAAAGGGUUGCCAGUCCGAGCUUUGGUCAGAAAUGAAGAGAAAGCAAGGAAGAUGUUAGGCCCAGACAUUGACUUGAUUGUUGGAGAUGUUACAAAGGGGAGCACUUUGGCACCUGAGAACUUUAAGGGAGUGAGGAAAGUAAUUAAUGCUGUCUCCGUCAUUGUUGGACCAAAGGAAGGAGACACUCCAGAAAGAGCAAAGUAUAGCCAAGGAAUCAAGUUCUUUGAACCUGAGAUCAAAGGUGAUUCACCAGAAUUGGUGGAAUUUAUUGGAAUGCGAAAUUUGAUCAAUGCUGUGAAGGUUAGUGUUGGACUCCGAAAUGGGAAGCUACUUUUUGGAUUUGAAGGAAACAAUCUCAAAGAAAUUCCUUGGGGUGCUUUAGACGAUGUGGUAAUGGGUGGAGUGAGUGAAAGUUCAUUUCAAAUCGACAUGAAAGGUGGUGAAAAUGGUGGACCAACUGGAGUUUUUAAAGGUGUUGUUUCAACUGCAAACAAUGGUGGCUUUACUAGUGUUCGGACAAGGAAUUUUUCUGUACCAGAAGAUCUUUCUGCUUAUGAUGGAUUGGAGUUGCGUCUCAAAGGCGAUGGACGUCGGUAUAAACUGAUUGUGCGGACCAGCACAGAUUGGGAUACUGUUGGUUAUACAGCCGGCUUUGACACUGCAAAAGGCCAAUGGCAGUCAGUUCGUGUGCCAUUUACCUCUUUGAGGCCAAUCUUUCGAGCUCGAACUGUCACAGAUGCCCCACCUUUUGACCCUACGAAUAUUGUGUCACUGCAGCUCAUGUUUAGCAAAUUUGAAUAUGAUGGGAAACUCAACCCAACUUUUGUUGAAGGUCCAUUUCAACUUCCUUUAUCAAGUAUAAGGGCUUAUAUAAAAGAUCCUAUAACUCCCAGGUUUGUCCAUGUGAGUUCUGCUGGAGUUACACGACCUGAUAGGCCUGGGCUUGAUCUCAGCAAACAACCUCCUGCUGUCCGAUUGAAUAAAGAAUUGGAUUUUAUUCUUACAUUCAAAUUAAAGGGAGAGGACUUAAUUCGGGAAAGUGGAAUUCCUUAUGCAAUAAUAAGACCUUGCGCGUUAACAGAGGAGCCUGCUGGUGCAGAUCUCAUUUUUGAUCAAGGAGAUGAUAUAACGGGUAAGGUAUCGAGGGAAGAAAUUGCUCGUAUUUGUAUUGCUGCUUUGGAAAGUCCACACGCAUGUGACAAAACGUUUGAGGUUAAAAGUGUGAUUCCAUUUAGCGAGCCAUUCACUGUGGACCCUGAGAAUCCACCCCCAGAAAAAGACUACAAUGUUUACUUCAAAACCUUGAAGGAUGGCAUUACAGGGAAAGAACUCCUUGAGCAAAGUCCUGCUCCAGUUUGAUUGCAGUGCACGGGAAAGUCUGCUUUCAAUUUGAAAUAUGUAUUAUAGUGAGGAAUGUAGAGUUCAUUUUUGGUAUACCAAAUUUGGUAGGAGCUUUAGAACAAAAAGCUAAAUGUAAGAUCUUGUCUGUGACUUGUCUGUAACUUCUUUACAGGUUAUUUUCUUUCUGUAUUCACAGCAACUGUCCACAGUAAAUGAAGGUGGAGGUGCAUGGGAUUUUAUACGCUGCACCUCAUCUGUAAAUCAAGAUGAUCAUUAUUUUGUUAA